GGAAGUGGUAGCGAUGGGAACGGAAACCAAAUCUGUAAACAAACGCAACGCUUGUUAGCUAGCAGCAGUUUUAGGACUAAUGCCCGUGCGCAAAACGGCAGUGCACUAAGUGCUGAGAAGAUGUUUAAAAAUACGUUUCAAAGCGGAUUCUUGUCCAUCUUAUACAGCAUCGGAAGCAAACCGCUUCAGAUAUGGGAUAAAAAGGUGAGGAAUGGUCACAUCAAGAGAGUAAUGGACAAUGACAUCCACUCGAUGGUGUUGGAGGUGGAGGGGGCAAAUGUCAGUACCACAUAUAUAACAUGUCCCGCAGACCCCAAGAAGACGUUGGGCAUCAAACUUCCUUUUCUAGUUAUGAUUGUCAAAAAUCUCAAGAAGUAUUUUACCUUUGAAGUCCAGGUGUUAGACGAUAAAAAUGUUCGCCGGCGGUUUCGGGCGAGCAACUAUCAAAGCACGACACGCGUAAAGCCGUUCAUCUGCACCAUGCCUAUGAGGCUGGAUGAUGGCUGGAACCAGAUUCAGUUCAACCUGCCAGACUUCACCAGGAGGGCUUACGGGACCAAUUACAUCGAGACGCUGCGUGUACAGAUCCACGCUAACUGUCGAAUAAGGAGAGUAUAUUUCUCAGACAGACUGUACUCCGAGGACGAGCUCCCAGCUGAGUUUAAACUCUACCUGCCGGUCCAGAACCCAAAAGCAAAGAAGUAGACUUUCCCAUCCUGAACAAAUCCUCCAGACGUGAUGUGGAGAGGCACUCUUAGGAUUCUUUUUGCCUGUAUUAAUAUACAUUUUGAAUUCUGAAUCUCUGUACAGUGAUGUUUUUUAUGAACUUACCCGUCAGUUUUCCAUGCUGACUAUAGGUUUUCUAGAAACAAUACUUUGUGGGACACAUUCGACCUCAUCCAUGCGCUGGAAAACAUAAUGACAACUAAAUUCAGGAUACUCCACUGUAAACAGAUAAGAAAAUGACCACUAAAUGAUAAGUCAAUUUGUCAUAUAUAAAUAAUCUUUUAAAUGACACACGGUUUGCAUUCCAAAAACAAUCAAUCUUUGUUUCUUUGGAUUUCUGUGUACAGAAUGAACAGAUCAGUGAUACAUUUAUAUAACUAUAUGCUGCAUCACAUAAUCAUUCAAAAGCAACUAAAACACAGUUCAAGCUCAAUCUUAAGCAUUUCAAGAGCAGACAGUACAGUAAUAAUGUAGACAGCGAGUGCUACAAAACACAAAAAGAACUCAGAAGGUGCAACAAAUAGAAGAUUUUAUAAAAGCUGUCUGUGGGGAUGAAGCUGCUCAUGUUAAACUCCAGAAGACAACACCCUGUCAAUUUGUAUUUUACAAUGUAAAGUUGUAGAAGACAGAAAUACAAGUAAACUUAAUUGAGUGAAUAGAAUUGAGAAAAUGUUUGUAAACUAAAAUCUGGGAUUUAUUUUAGUUCUACUCACUAUUGAAUGUGUUGUUUUUCUUGUGUUGAUUUUACAACUUAAAAUGUACUGAAACAAG